AUGCAGAACGUCGCCGCGCACGUGCUCUGCUCGAGCCGCUUGCUUCCGCGCAUCUGUAGCUACCAGAGAGACGCGCUGUCUGCUGAUGGACUACUGCGCUGCCGCAGCGUCCGGCUUGCAGCCAGCUACGGCGACGAACAGCAAGCCGACGACGACCUCGAGGCAGCGGACGCGGCGACCUUCCAGCGCUGGCUCGCGCGCCAUGGCACCGCCACACUUCCAUUGCUUUGCGUGCCACAUCUCUUUGCGUACGCGCUUCGUUGCGGCGACAUCCAUGCUCUCCAGUGGCUCGUCAACCGCGAGGUUGUGUUCUGGAACAAGGCAACGCUUGUUCUCCAUGCAGUUGGGUGUCACGCGUGCCCUUGUGCUACCGAGCAGCUCGGGCCCGCAAUGGCCAUCCGCGCCUCCGACUGCGUGCGCCGCGCUGCGGCAAAGGGGCAUGUAGAGCUCUUGCGCUUCCUCUUUGCCUGUGGCUUUGACAUGGUCGACGUCUGGCGCGCCGUCUGCUUUGGUGGCCAUCUCGACGUCGCUCGCUUUGUCGUCGAGCAUCGCCUUGGCGUUUGGACCAGCGCGUUCGUCAACGUUGCUGCUGAGAACGGUCAUUUCGAGCUCGUGCGAUACUUCAACACGCUGCGUGUCGACGGCGUGAACUCGCACACACUUGCGCUGGCCGUCCGGCACGGCGACCUACAGACAGUACAAGCGCUCCUCACACAUUCUCAUCUUGACGAGCUUUCGCUCAAGACUGCUCUGCGUGACGCCAUUCAGCACCGCCGCCUAGAGCUUGUCCAGUGGCUCUGUCGGCAACCCGACGCACGUCCCUAUUUGGCUGGCGCGUUGGAGGUCGCCACGUACUGCUGUGCGCAAGCCGCUGUCCAGUGCCUCCGCGAUGAACUCUCCAAGGUCCUGCGCCAGCAACGCAUCUCGUCCGUUCUCUUGUCCAAGGAGCUUCUUGGUCUCGUCACGUCGUACCAACCCGGCCAUGACAUGCACACAAUCGGUCUUCGCCAGCUAUGUCAUCGCCAUGCGAUCUACGAGACGACGCCGCAUCAAGUGCCCGAGAUGGCUUCGUACGCAGCGUACCAUACGCUGUUUACUGCGUGGUGGGCUCGCCACGACAAGCGUGACUUGCACCUUUUGUGCCUCCCGCACCUGUUUGCCUACGCCGUCACCUACGGCAACAUGGAGGUCAUCCGCUGGCUGAGCCCGCGCCUCGCACCAAGUCAGCGGCUCGAGCUCCUCUGCGAGACAGCGCAUCGGUGCGUUCUCUCGACGCAUCAGCUCGUUGGGCACUCGGUGGUCUAUGCCGAUUGCGUCGCGUACGCCGCCGAGUCGGGUCACGUCGAGCUCCUCAAGUUCUUGGACGCCCUCGGCUUCACGAUGGAGAAGGUGUGGCAUCGGUGCAGCUACUUUGGCCACGUGAAUGUUGCCCGGUACGCACACGCACACGAGCUCGACGGCCACCUUCCCCGGUACGUCUACGACGCCACACUCGGAGGGCAUGUCGCAGUCGUGCAGUUCUACCAUGAACAUGGUUACCCCGGAUUCACCGAAAAGACGAUCUGGGCCGCCGUGCACAGUGGCCGCGUCGAUAUGGUCACCUUUGUGUUGACGCACCGCGACGAAGCCAGUGUCCGCGAGGCCCUCCUGACUGCGGUCGAGACCGAUCAAGUGGACAUUCUCAAGUGGCUCUGCAAUCGGCCAGGUGCGGACAGAAUGCUCGACACGGCACUGCAGCAGGCCUGCCUCAUGCGGAGCCAUGCGUGCAUCGCGUACCUUGUCGACGAGCUGCGCGUCACGGCGUCUCGUACAGCGACGCGGCUCUACAAACGCUAUUUACAACGCCCGACAUGAGCCCGCACCGAUUCUUCCGCCUUGGACCAAGGGGGACGUGCGUCAACAACGAUGGCUCGUCCGGCACAGACCGUGUUAUCAAGUCGACUGCGAAGAAACGCCCAAGUAAUAUCGGG